GCAAUUUUCCGAACUCGGUAACAGGAGAUUUGUUUUCUCCUCGCCCCUUACCUUUCCCUCUCCCUCCUGUGGUUUCACUUCUUCAAACCUAAACUCCAUAGAUACAUACACAUAUAUACACACACAGAGGAGGACAGAGGAGACGGUGGGUGUGAUAGGACCUAGGGUUAUCCGGGAUUGAAAUGUCAGCCACUGCUUUCUCAAGGUUAAACCCUGUUGUUUAUACUGGUCGUCUUCAAAGGGUUGUGGCUGGGCGUUGUAUAUUCAAGAAUCUCAUACCUGGCGAGAAGGGAUUGUUCUUUUCGGGUUUGGAAUUUUCUCAUUUAGCACGGCCAAGCCCCGGAAGGAGAGUAGCCAUGGCUGCUUCUGGUUCGUUGCCGGUGUUUGGGGAUGCUUGCUUUGAUGAUUUGGUUACAACAUUUGCAAAUGGAUUGGACUCCGCUACUAUGCCUUCAGCUUCAGGUGGUUGCCUUACCACUGACAGGACUCGUGCUAGUUGCCAGAGAGCUAGCAUGAGCAUUGGGAAGAGUAAACGAGCAAAGAGCCUAUUGGUUUGCCAGCAUUCUGCCAUUGUCCCGCUCCAGAAGAGCUCCUUCCGAGGUUCAUGUUUCAGUCUGAUGUCAAAGAAUGGCCGUACAUCGUCCACUGUAUGUUUUUCGGUCGGACCAGCUCAUGAAUUGUCAUUCAACAGUGGUUCUCACGAUGAAGAUCUUACAUAUUCUCCUCCUACGUCCUCCUUAAGAAACCUGAAGCUACUAUCGGGAUCGUGUUAUCUCCCACAUCCUGCAAAGGAAGAUACAGGUGGAGAAGAUGAUCACUUUAUAUGUGACGAAGAACAAGUCAUCGGAGUUGCGGAUGGAGUCGGCGGAUGGGCAGAAGUUGGUGUGAAUGCGGGAUUGUUUGCACGUGAACUCAUGUCCAAUUCAGUAAUGGCGAUUCAGGGACAGGCCAAGGGUUCUUCCAUUGACCCGUUAACAGUGUUAGAGAAGGCGCAUGCCCAAACCACGGCAAAAGGCUCAUCCACGGCCUGCAUCAUCACUCUCACCGACAAGGGAAUACAUGCGAUUAAUCUCGGGGACAGCGGGUUCAUAGUGGUUAGAGAAGGGACUACGCUGUUUCAGUCGCCAGUUCAGCAGCAUGGAUUCAACUUCACAUAUCAACUCGAGAGCGGGAACAGAGGCGAUAUGCCUAGCUCCGGUCAGGUAUUUACGAUUGAAGUGAAGGAGGGGGAUGCGAUCGUGGCAGGGACGGAUGGAUUGUUUGACAAUCUAUACAACGACGAGAUCGUGGGGGUUGUGGUGAAUUCGGUGAGAGCGGGCUUAGAUCCUAAAGGAACGGCGGAAAAGAUUGCGGAAUUGGCUCGUCAGAUAGCGGUGGAUAGAAAUCGGCAGACACCGUUCUCUGCGGCGGCUCAGGAGGCCGGGUACCGUUAUUACGGUGGAAAGCUCGACGAUAUAACUGUCGUCGUCUCUUACAUCGGUUAACUGCUUAAACCCUGUCUUGUCUGUUCGGGGGAAUGUUACGUUACGGGAGCUCUGUUACUGAACGCAUUUGUUUUUGUACGGACGGAGUUGUGUUGUAUGUUUGACCCACAUCUGUUUUUUUUUUUUUUUUAAUUCAUUAAAAAGGCCAACAUAUAUAA